AUGACAGGCCUGUCCAAAGAAGUACUUAGCCUCCACAUAGAGGACGUCCAACCUGAUGACAAAUUACCCUCAGAAGUUAAUGAAGAGCUUCCACCUCAGCCCGCUAUUCAUCAUAUCAUAGUUGACUGUUCCGCCAUGGCUUUUGUAGACGCUGUUGGUAUCCAGGCUCUGAAACAGAUUGUAUGUGAUUACAAAGAAGUUGGAGUUCAGGUUGUUUUUGCACAUUGCAGAGAUGAGCUUACUGAGAUAGUCCAGAAGAAUGUAUUCCUCGGUGACGAAGGCAGAGACGCCAUCUAUCUUACGGUCCACGACUCAGUACUUGCUGUACUGACAACCGAGCUACCCCUGCUUCAGAAGGUGGAGGAAAUUCCAGGUAUCAAGAUAUUCCACUUUGGAUCAUCUCUGUAUUACGCAAACGCUGAACACUUCCGGAGCAAGCUGCACGCAGCUACUGACUGUGAUCCGGCACUCCUGAAAGCGAAACAGAUGAAGAGCAAAGAGAAAAGCGAAGCGUUGGAGAAAGAAAGAGAGAAGGAAGAGAAGAAAAGACAAAAAGUAGAGUGCAUUUCUACCACAAUAAAGAAGACUACAGAAGUGAACGGUAUAAGUAACAGAGGUAUGAUAGGCCUGCCCAAAGAAGUACUUAGCCUCCACAUAGAGGACGUCCAACCUGAUGACAAAUUACCCUCAGAAGUUAAUGAAGAGCUUCCACCUCAGCCCGCUAUUCAUCAUAUCAUAGUUGACUGUUCCGCCAUGGCUUUUGUAGACGCUGUUGGUAUCCAGGCUCUGAAACAGAUUGUAUGUGAUUACAAAGACAUUGGAGUCCAGGUUGUUUUUGCGCAUUGCAGAGAUGAGCUUACUGAGACAGUCCAGAAAAAUGUAUUCCUCGGUGACCAAGGCAGAGACGCCAUCUAUCUUACGGUCCACGACGCAGUACUUGCUGUACUGACAACCGAACUACCCCUGCUUCAGAAGUUAGAAGAUGACACCCUCAUCACCUCCCAUGGUCCGGGAACUGAAGCAUCAGUGGCAAAAACAAAUGAUUUUUGACGUUUUGAAUUAUGAGGGUAUUUCGCCAAAGCAAUGAAAUCGUGCUUUGUUUUGUUUUGUGUUUCUUUUAUCAGAAGUUAAACAUAAUUUUUGAGUAAAAUAUCACUAUACUAAAGGAUAAUGGGGUACAAACGUUUCAUCAUGCCUGUGUUUCACGUGUACUUGACGUCGUCAAAUUUCCACAGAAAAUCCUCAUAAAAAUUGAUGGCCAUGGGAAUUAUUGCAUGUGGUCGAGCAUGGAUUUGACAAAGUUUGUUGGAAACUUUUAUUUUAUUCUCAAGUGUAUGUUUUAAAUAUAUGCCAAGAAGAUACGUCAAUAUAGCAGUAUAACCUAUACACAUG